AGGCAGAAAGCUCGCUUUGAAUCACCUAGGCUCUGAGCCCGCAAAGAUAUACCUUCCCUUCCGAAAGCAAAUCCGCAUCAGUGGCACUCUCAGAACACCUCGCAUUAGCCCUGUUCGGAUUCGGAGGAGAACUUUGCUACGCCGCCAAGCCUCCAUGGACCCAGCUGCUCGCUGCAGUGGACAUUGACCUUCCGCCAAAAGUCUUAGACCGACCUUCACCUGGACCAACCGUAUUUACAGAUGCGUCUUCAACAACAUCUACAGCUGCAGUUGUGUGGCAAGACCAAGAUAAAUGGCAGUGCGUAAAGAUGAAGGACCAGUCUCUGUCAGUCCAACUGUUAGAAGCAUCUGCAAUAGUGCUGGCUUGUAAUUUGUUUCCAUUUGACCACCUCAACAUCGUCACCGACUCCAUGUUUGCAGCAAAGCUCUGCCAAGCAAUGUCUCACCCUGGCGUCUCCAUCUCACCAGCGGCCCAAAUGAUCGAGGAAGCACUACACUCACGACAAAGUACCGUAACCGUUAUUCAUAUCAACAGUCAUAGCCCUAUAAAAGGAUAUUUCCAGCUAGGAAAUGACAAGGCCGAUGCCGCAGCCAAGAAUUUGUGGACUUUGCAAAGCGCGCGACAACUACAUGAGUCCCUCCAUGUAGGAGCCAAAGCACUCGCCAAACAGUGUGACAUCUCCAUGUCCGAUGCCAAGCACAUCGUGGCCACAUGUCCCUACUGUCAAAAAUCCCUGUUAUGGUCCAGUGGUGUUAACCCCAGAGGCUUAAAAGCCUCGGAAAUCUGGCAAAUGGACUUCAUGCUAUGUCAAUUACUAAAACCCAGAGCGUGGCUCGCCAUCACAGUGGACACAUUCAGCGGUGUCAUCAUCGGGACUCAGCAUGUAAAAGCAAACUCCAAAGCUGCAGUUCAACACUGGUUAUCUGCUAUGGCUGUUGGUAUCCCCAAGCAAAUCAAAACAGACAAUGGGACCCACUUCAUCUCCAAAGCGGCCCAAGAGUUUGCCUCCAAAUGGGGCAUUGUCUUAAAGCAAGGAAUACCGUAUAACAGUACAGGAGAAGCCAUCGUGGAAAGAGCCAAUCAAACCCUGAAGUCGAAAAUAGAGACUCUGGCAAGGGCUGAAGGAUUUGUUGGAGCCAUCCCUCCGUCGGAACAGCCACGACUGCUUACAACAGCCAUGCUAGCCCUAAACCAGUUCCCCAGAGGGGAUCAAGGCCAAGCUUCUUCCCAAAAGCAUUGGGCGGUAGAAGCCGUCCGAGAGGGCCCCCCAGUUCCCUGUCGCAGAUCAUCAGCCAAGCCGUCGACUUCAUUCCCGUGCCUCUGCAUUCUGGUAGCGCUGAUCCACCUCAGCACCGGUUAUCACCCUUACCAGCCCCACGUCUGGACAUUCCGGAACUUCAUCACUGGCGCUCUCAUAGGCCAAACCGAAACCAACACCCCAGCCUGGACCGUGCGACUGUCUGACAUCUUCACAAGCGAUCGGUCCGUCAAAACCUCCCAAGCCAUCAAGGUAGGAACACACUUCAAUGAGUCUAAUGACUUGUGUGUCCAAGUUAUUGUCAUCCCCAGAAUCCUGUACCACACAGACGACGAAGUCAUGCUGCACUUCGAGACAGAGCCACUCCGAGUGAAGCGAGAACUAGCAACUGCAGUCAGCCUGGCU